AUGUCUGUCCUGAGGGUGUUUUCCUUUAUCUCUUUUAACCUGGGGAAUAUCCUUUUUUUUUUUUUUCUUUUUCUUCUGUUUUAGGAAUUUCUCUGUGACCCGAAGUUCAGUGAUGAAGAAGAUCUGGAGGAGAAGUUGGCAGUGUUCAAAGAGAAGUACAUGGAGUUUGACCUGAACAACCAAGGCGAGAUUGAUUUGAUGUCAGUCAAAAGGAUGAUGGAGAAGAUGGGUGCUCCAAAGACCCACCUAGAACUGAAGAAGAUGAUCUCUGAGGUGACUGGAGGGGUUAGUGAGACCAUCUCUUACCAGGACUUUGUCAACGUGAUGCUUGGGAAACGCUCUGCUGUGCUUAAACUGGUCAUGAUGUUUGAAGGAAAAGCCAAUGAAAGCAAUCCAAGACCUUCUGGUCCACCUCCUGAGAGAGACAUAGCCAGCCUCCCUUGAAGAGGACAGCCUGAAAAAUUGGCACUGUUUGCUUUGGCCUGUGACAGAGGUUACUUGUGCUUUGUUACUCUUUGCUGUGGACAGUCCUAGUUUUCAACUAACCUGCCUUAGAGGAACAGCAAGGGAAGCUGGAGCCCCCCCAGCUCACAUCUUUCUGCUGCAUCUCUUAGCCAACCUGAUUUGUUAGAAGCACCAAGUGUAACGUGAGACCCCCCUCAAAAAAAAACAA